UUUUUUUUUAUCCUUCAUAACAAUGACUUUACCUACUUGGACACGUACUCGACUCACUAGUGCCUUGAAAAUCAAAUACCCUUUGGUAUCAGCACCGGCAGCAGGUCAUACAAGCAACAAUCUUAUCGCUGCUGUUUCCAACUAUGGAGGAUUAGGUUCAUUAGGUGCUGCCAUGUUACCUACUGCGGCAUUACGUUCCAAUAUUCGUGAAAUCCAAGCCAUGACUAGUCAACCAUUUGCCGUGAAUCUAUUUUGUCGUAUGCAAGAAGCACCUACUGAAGAUGAAUUACAACAACCAUACCAGCCUGAUAUUACACUCAAUAAUGUUCGUCGUCAACUCUCCAUUCCAACACCUUCAAAAUACACUCUUCGUUCACCACCUCUCAUAGAUCAAGUUCAAGUUAUUUUGGAAGAAAAUGUCAAGGUGGUAUCAUUCACUUUUGGUUAUCUACCUGAAGAUCUUACUCAGCAACUUUGGCAACAAGGUGUAUAUAUUAUAGGUACGGCUACUACUGUGCAAGAAGCGCUCUUUUUGGCAGGAAGUUCCAACGCAUUACGUAAGGUGGACUGUGUAGUUGCUCAAGGAUUAGAAGCUGGAGGUCAUCGUGGUUCAUUUUUACCUACAACCAAGGAAGGCGAUGCGAAUCAACAACAACUUUCGACCCAAGAGUUAUCAGUUGCUGUUCGACAAGCACUCAAGGAUAGAGAAGAUAUUGCUGUUGUAUCAGCCGGAGGGAUCAGUUCUGGAAAAGAAGCCGCCGAUUAUCUUACAAAAGGAAUGGAUGGAGUGGUGAUGGGUACCUUAUUUAUGUUGUCUACGGAUUCAUCGACACCAAAACCUCAUCGACAAGCUCUUUUGACUGAUACUCAACCAACUCGACUAACUAGGGCUUUGACUGGAAGAUGGGCUCGUGGAAUUCCCAACUCAUUGAUGGAUACUUUGGAAAAGCUGGACGAUACAACGAUUCCUACGUAUGAUAUUCAUUCAUCAAGAACAAAGGAUAUUGUUAAUUAUGCCACUGAAAAAGAGAUUCCGGAUUACAUGCUGCUUUUGUCUGGUGAUCGUCAUUUGGCUGGUGCAAAAUAUACAGAAAAUGGGACAUUAUCGGCUACUCAACUCAUGGAAAAGUUAGUCAAGGAUAUCAAUGCUGUUUCAUCGUAGUUUUAGUUUAGUAUAUGAUUGAAUAAAAAAAUAAAUUAUUUUGAAAAUGAA